CUUCACGCUAAUUCAAAACAUUGAAUGUAGUGAAGAAGGUGUUUGUUUUAUGUUAGUGUAAUGUAAAAAUCGUACCAAUAUCAUGGAAAGAAGUUAGACCACACCUCUAACUUAAGACAGACCACGCCCAUCAAGCAAAAUGCAGUCGGCAUCGGUGGCCGCGGCGGCGGAUCCGCACGUCACCCAGAUGAACGAGAUAAUGAGCUACGUGACCGCUUUGGGCGACCCGAACUGCACAGACGAUAGCAAAUUAAAAGCCGCCCAAAAGAUCAGCAAGAACUUCGAGGUGAUCUUGUCCUCGACCCACUAUCCCCACUUCCUGGACCACUCCGUUAAAAUCUUCCUGAAGAUUCUGGAAGUGGGGAAGCCGCACUUCAUCGCCGAAUACAAUAUACAACAAGUGAGAAAAUUGAUUCUGGAAAUGUUGUACCGGCUGCCGACCAACGAACAGCUGCGCCCCUACGUAAAGCCGAUCCUGUUGUUGAUGUUGAAGCUGUUGGAGAUCGACAACGAGGAGAAUGUGUUGGUGUGCCUCAAGAUUAUAAUAGAACUCCACAAACAGUACCGACCGCAGUUCAGCGUGGAGAUCCAACGAUUCCUGAGGUUCGUCAAGACCAUUUACUCCGAACUGCCAAAUCACAUGGACAAAAUAUUCGAACCACGACCACCAAUUAAAGUUAAAGACUUGAACGAACUCAACAUCGAGGAACUGUUAAAAGAAACGUUUACAAUGACCACGAUACAAACCGAAGUGAAAAACGAUGAAGGAAACGCAAUUGCCUAUUAUUUGAUACCAAAAGCUGUUUUGAGCUUGAAAGUCCUACAAGAACUGCCGAUAAUUGUGGUGCUGAUGUACCAGUUGUACAAACAGAGUGUUCACCAAGACGUCAGUGAUUUUAUACCGUUAAUUAUGAACACCAUUACGCUACAACCAACGUUAGAACAAAGACAGGCGGAGACGUUCAAUAAGGAGAUUUUCGUCGACUUCAUGGGGGCACAAAUCAAAACACUUUCCUUCCUUGCCUAUAUAAUAAAGUUGUACCAAGAAGUGGUGCAAAAUCACGCUCCUAUGAUGGUGCAAGGGAUGUUAGGACUUUUGACGUUGUGUCCCAUGGAAGUUGCACACCUAAGAAGGGAGCUGCUAAUAGCUGCUCGUCAUAUUUUGGCCACAGAACUUAGAAACCAGUUUGUUCCUCACAUGGAAAGGUUGUUUGACGAAGAUAUUCUAUUGGGAAGGGGCUGGACCACUCAUGAAUCGUUAAGACCGUUGGCAUAUUCAACCUUGGCAGACUUAGUGCACCACGUUAGACAGCAGUUGCCCCUUUCUGAUCUCACCAAAGCUGUACAUUUGUUCAGUAAAAACGUUCACGAUGAUUCACUCGCCACCACGAUACAAACUAUGUCUUGUAAGUUACUGUUGAACCUUGUGGAAUGUAUCAGACACAGCAGCGAAAACAGUUCUGAGGGACGGGAACUUUUGAUGCGUAUGCUUGAAGUAUUCGUUCUCAAGUUCAAGACCAUAGCAAAGAUACAACUGCCGAUUCUCAUCAGCAAGUGUGAGCAACGUCAGCAACAGUACCAGCAACAACAGCAACAACAAACUGCUGAAACUGUGAAAACAGAAGAAGGGGUCACCACUAAACAAAACGUGGCGGAACAAUUGGAAAGUGCCCUAGCUUCGACGCAACCAGCAAAUCCGCCUGAGAAGGAGAAAGCCUCCAGAUUCGGGUUUCCGCAAAACAACAACCACAACGUCGCCGAUUAUAGGAGUCUCGUCAAGACGUUGGUGUGUGGCGUUAAGACUAUCGCCUGGUCUUUGCCCUCUUGUAAAAUACAAACGCCGACUGGUCAAGCUUUAAUAGCCACGAAGCAUUUCCAACCUCACGAGACGUUGGUGUUUGUUAGGCUCGUAAAAUGGGCGUUGAAAGCUUUGGAUAUUUACACUUUAAAUGUGACGCCGCCUAACGCAGCAGGACCUCAAAGACUGAACCAACAGAACGUGCGCACCAAGGAAGAGAAAGAAGUGUUGGAACACUUCAGUGGUGUUUUUUCAACGAUGAACCCUCAGACGUUCCACGAGAUAUUCUCAACCACCAUUGAGUACGUGGUCGAACGUGUGUACAAGAACCCAAAUCUACAGACUGUUCCGAGCACGUUGCUGGCCAACCCCGCAACGAGUCCCAUAUUCGCCACCGUCCUCGUCGAGUACCUCCUCGAACGUAUGGAGGAGAUGGGCUCGAACAUGGACCGCAGCAAUCUCUACCUGCGACAAUUCAAAUUGGUGUUCGGCAGCGUGUCGCUGUUCGCACAGGAGAACGAGAACAUGCUCAGGCCGCAUCUGCAUCAGAUCGUCAACAGAUCGAUGGAGUUGGCGAUGAGCGCCGCGGAGCCGUACAACUACUUCUUAUUACUCAGGGCCCUGUUCCGGUCUAUAGGGGGCGGUAGUCACGACCUGUUGUAUCAGGAGUUCUUGCCCCUCUUACCGAAUCUGCUGGAAGGUUUGAACAGACUACAGAGCGGUUUACACAAACAACACAUGAAGGAUUUGUUCGUCGAAUUGUGUCUGACUGUUCCGGUGCGAUUGAGUUCUCUACUGCCUUAUCUUCCUAUGCUCAUGGAUCCUCUGGUUUCCGCCUUGAACGGGUCACAAGUUUUGAUCAGUCAAGGGUUGAGAACGUUGGAAUUGUGCGUAGACAACUUGCAGCACGACUUCCUGUACGAACACAUUCAGCCCGUGCGUGCCGAUUUGAUGCAGGCACUUUGGAGAACGUUGAGGAACAACGAUCAGGUGGCGCAAGUCGCGUUUAAGGUUUUGGGUAAAUUCGGUGGUGGCAAUAGGAAGAUGAUGAUCGAACCUCAAAAGCUCGAUUACGUUGCAUCAGAUUAUGAUCCUCCAGCCAUUAUUGCCCAGUUCCACGAUCAGGAACAAGCUAUAGAGUUCCCCGUACAAAAAAUAAUCGAGACGGCCUUCAACGCCUUAAAACAAAGCAACACGGAUCCGUUUUACAGGAAACAAGCGUGGGAGGUGAUAAACUGUUACCUGACAGCCUCGAGAAAUCACGACGACGAUCGGGCUACUCUCGUUAAACUGUUUUUGCAUCCCAGCUUCAAAGAUCCGAAAACCGUGUCGCAAAUUAAAGGAUCCACCUACAAGUCCAUCUAUGCGCAAGCUAGGGAGACACACCAGACCGCACUGACAGGAAUGUUCGUCGGUGCGGCGAUAAAGGAACUGCGCCAGUCCGUCAUACAGGCGCUGUUCUCCGUCGUCCGUCAUUACACGAUGGUGGCGGUCGCGCAGCAAUCGGGUGCGUUCGCUCAACAGCCACGUCCCAAUCGCCAAGUGGCACUAGAUCCGCUGGUGUUGGUGGACGCCCUGGCCGUAAUAAUGGGCCACGAAGAACGGGAACUCUGUAAACCGGGACAAUUAGGUUUGGUUUUGAUUGUGGACACGGCGACCGAUCUGUUGGGCAGCAGGGAAAUGGCCUGUCGUCUGCCGUUGGUCGAGUAUUUGGCGGAGAAGAUGUGCGGAUUGUGCUACGAAAGAGCGUGGUACGCGAAACUGGGCGGAUGUAUCGCCAUAAAGUUUAUGUUUGAGAGGUGCGCAUUGAAGUGGGUUUACGAACACAUGUUUACUUUCUUGAAAGCGUUGUUGUUCGUUAUGAUGGAUCUUACUGGAGAGGUGUCGAACGGUGCGUUGGACAUGGCCAAGGAGAACUUAAAACGCAUGCUUUGCGUGUUGGUCGAACCACCUCCGGCGACGGCCGACCAACAAACGAAGGAUCUUCAAAACGACGCCCUGCAAAAAGUCACACACGAACUCGUACGACAAGUUACGAGUCCCCACACUAUGGUGCGUGAACAGUCGAUGGCUUCUUUAAGAUUGUUGGCGGAAAAACAAGAGAAGAGCGUGACAGAAGUGAUGGAACCUUUCAAGGAGGUGCUGGCCGACAUGGUUCCUCCAAAGAAACACUUGUUGAGGCACCAACCUGCCAUAGCUCAAAUGGGUCUGAUGGACGGUAACAUGUUCUGCACCACCCUCACUCCCAGACUCUUCACCAUUGAUGUGAACAUAAAGGAGCACAAGAAUUUCAUAGACGAUCUGAAACACUUGUGCGAUACGGAAGAAACCAAACUCAACACGUUCGCUUGUUACAAGAGCAUCACCAACUUCAUCCCUUUAAAAUCGAGUGCAUUAAGGGUACUUUCCGCCUGUCACUACAUCGAAAGUCAACGUGAAUCCAUCUUCCAGGUGCUGUAUCGGGCCUUGGAAAAGCCAAACGGGGAAUUACAAGAAACUGCUUUCCAGUGCAUCAAAAAGUUCAUCGCUGGAUACACAAUCGACACCGACUUGGUAAAGAGCAUAGUUAGACCUUUAUUGUGGACGCUGGGAGAUGUGAAAAAUCUCACGCUCAACCGUGUAAAAAUGCUCUCCUACCUCACGCAACUGUUUCCUCUAGUUUUCAACGAGAAACUGUGCGAACAACUGUUAGAAAUAUUGAAGCAGAUGUUGCAAAACUUGACUGCAACGCACAAAAAUCAACAGUACCGCCAGUACACGUGUCCCAGUACGCAAAGAAUUUUCAUAAGAGCUUCGACUGGAAUAUCGAAAAAAGGGGACGAAGAACAAAAGAUUGUGACAAUAAUCAGCAUAUUCCAUCAGACGCCUGCAGCUUCAUCUAAAUUCAUCACGCAGCUGUGCCAGCUGAUAUUGCAAACGGAACAGGCUAUGUUAAUCGAAGCCAGUUCUCCAUUCCGGGAGGUUCUCAUGAAGUUCCUGUUGCGUUACCCGCUCGAAACUCUCGACAUGUUCUUGGACGACAAUUUUGUCAAGGAAAAACAAUACAACAGAUACCUGGAAUACCUGCUGAAGCACAAGGAAGGAAAGGUGUUCAAAGACCAGUUGAUCCAACAGAGAAUGAAGCGGGUGAUUACCAUGUCCAUGGCGGUUUUGGAACCGAGUCACGCUCACGUCAAUCUGUCGCUGGCGCACAGAAAUCAGAUGCAGUUCCAGGCAAUCAAGAUCGUCACCGCUCUGGCGAAAGAGGACGACUCGUGGCUCAAUCAACACACAGAUCUGUUGGCGGCGUUCAGACGCAUUUGGUGCGACGACGCCUACCACGAACGUCACAAGAACGUGGAGGACAUGGAGUACGCGCAUUGGAGGGAACCCAAAUUGUUGGCUAAGAUUUUGUUAAAGUUUUUCGUUCAUUUUCCUAAAGACAUUGAUUUGUUAUUCCAGUUAUUGAGGGCGUUCACUGAACGAUUCAUCCCUGAAUUUCAAUUUUUGAAAGAGUUUCUGGAGAACACGGUGGCGCAAAGUUACACGGUGGAUUGGAAACGGCAGGCCUUCUUCCGCUUCGUCGAGCUGUUCCCGACGAACGAAAUGUCGCAGGAGCUGAAAUCGAAAGUGUUGCAGUUAAUUUUGAUACCCAGCUUUGCGCACAGCUUCGAAAAGGGGGAGACGAACAAGUUGAUAGGUGGCCCACCUAUGCCCUACCAAGACAGUGCCGACAACGUGGUCUCGGUGUUCAUCAAUCGUUUAAUCGAUCCGGAUCCGAACAAUCCGUUUCCCUGGGCGGAUUGCGUGCGCAUUUCGCUGUUGCAGUUCUCCUGUUUGUUGGUCGAACAGGCGAGUCCGCACAUCCACGACCACGACGCCAACAACAAGACGCAAGGCUUCAAGAAACUGAGGAGGCUCAUGACUUUCGCUUGGCCUUGCUUGAUGGGCGAGAACUGCGUCGAUCCCGCCACCAGGUACCACGGCCACUUGUUGCUGUCCCAUAUAAUCAACAAGUUUGCCAUACAUAAAAAAAUCAUACUUCAAGUGUUCCACGGAUUGUUGAAAGCACACGCCGUCGAAGCGAGGAACGUUGUGCGCCAAGCCCUGGAAAUUCUGACUCCGUCGAUGCCUUUAAGAAUGGACGAAGAAAUGUUAACGCACUGGACUAAAAAGAUUAUUGUGGACGAGGGACAUUCGAUGCAACAACUGUUCCAUAUCCUACAACUAGUCGUUAAACACUACAAAGUCUAUUACACAGUUAGACACGACUUAGUCCAGCACAUGGUCAAUUCCAUACAAAGACUAGGAUUUAGUCCGACGGCCACUUUGGAGCACAGAAAGCUGGCCGUCGAACUAGCCGAGGUCAUAAUCAAAUGGGAAUUGUAUGGAAUCAAAGAAGAAUCCGAAAUUACAGAGGCCACAGAGACGGUGGUCACACCGAUGAAACGUCCAGCAAGCGAAGAAGGUGGCGGCCCGGAGGUGAAACGCAGAAUGUCCGCCCAACCCGGAACGUCCGCAGCGCCAGCGACAGUAAAAGUCGAACCUGGAACCGAAAACAGCAUAGAAAAAGCGCACAUCGAAACUGUGCUGAACUUUUUGCUCAGGUUGGCGUGUCAAGUUAACGACGCCACCCCACCCAAUCCCCAAAACCAAGGGACGUCAAGUCCCGGUGAAUUGUUGAGCAGAAGAUGCGUGAUUUUAUUAAAGACAGCGCUGAAACCGGAACUUUGGUCCAGGCCGGUCGAUUUGAAGCUGGCGUUCUUCGAUAAGAUACUGUUAACCGUUGAAACACCUAAUCCGAAUGUGGCCAACAUUUGCACAGCCUUGGAGGUCCUUACAUAUCUUUUAACUGUGCUAAAGAAGGAACAGAUCCUCGCCAGUUUUAAAAUGUUACAACGUGGAAUAAGUGCUUGCAUCCAAACUCAAAUUAGUAAAAUAAUCAAAUUAGUCCACAAUUUGUUAACAAAACUGAUGUCGAUGUUCCCGAUGGAAAGAACGGCCACCAAUGCAUCGAGCAAAUACGAUGAAUUGGAUGGACUUUACUUGAACGUUGGGAAAGUGAUCAGCGAAGGUUUGAGCAAAUUCGAGAAAAUGGACAAUCCUUCAAAUUUCUUCAGCACCGUGAUGAUUUUGAAGGCUGCCUGCAUCAACAAUCAUUCUUAUAUUGAUUUGUUGAUCACUCCGUUUAUGGCAUCUCUUCAACGUUUGGCCAAGGAACAUUUGCAACCUUCCACCAACGAAAGCGGCGCACUUAUUAGCGAACUGCUGAUACUUUGUUUGGAUUUGGUUAAAACUAGAGUUGUUGUUAUGGGUGGAGAAAUGAGGAAAAACUUUAUUGGUACAAUUUUAGUUGGACUGAUUGAAAAAUCUCCAGACAAUAAAGUUAUGAAAGCUAUAACAAAAAUGUUGGAAGAGUGGAUGAAGUGCAGAAACAUUGUAACAAUCAACCAGGCACCAAGCUUGAGAGAAAAGUCGAUCCUACUGGUGAAACUGAUGCAGUACGUUGAAAAACGGUUCCCAGACGAUCAAGAAUUGAACGCCCAAUUUUUGGAACUUAUUAACUACGUUUACACCGAUCGACAGUUUAAAAAUACAGAACUGACGUCGAAACUGGAAGCUGCGUUUUUGGCAGGAUUACGAUGCAACCAACCAGCAAUCCGUGCCAAGUUCUUCCGCGUCUUCGACGACAGUAUGAGACGCCGCCUUCACGAUCGUCUCUUGUAUAUAGUGUGUAGUCAAAAUUGGGAGGCAAUCGGGUCGCAUUAUUGGAUCAAACAGUGCAUAGAAUUGUUAUUGGUCACGGCCAUCGGCCACACUCCGAUUAAGAUGAGUCACGAAAGCAGUAUUUUACCGUCGGUCACGUCCGUCGUUGUGCACGGCGACAAACAGAAAAAAGAGGAAUUCCAGACGUACACGCAGCAAGAGUCGUGGUGGAAUCUGUUGGAAACGGUGGAGGUAAAGGAGGAGGUCGUCGACAUGGAUCUGAGUGUGUCACAGACGGAAGCUGGCAGUCAGGAAGAGAAGACGCCGGCCUCAAGAGCCGAAACAAUCACGAAAAUGAUUAAUAAGCAUUACGAGUUCAUCGAGGUGUCCAGAAACGUUUCCACCAAUCAGUUCUUGGUUGCGGCCUCGCAACUUUGCCACAUGGACACGAAUCUUGCGGAACAAGUGUGGUUGGCACUGUUCCCCAGGUUGUGGGCUAUUUUAGAAGAGGAACAAAGAAGUUUCUUGACUGGUGAAAUACUACCGUUUUUAACGUCGGGAUCGCACAUAGUGCAAAAGGAUUGUCACCCUAGUGCCAUCAACACUUUCGUCGAGGCCCUGUGCAGAUGUAAUCCUCCCGUUCAAUUAGCACCACCUGUCAUGAAGUAUAUAGGAAAAUCCCAUAACUUGUGGCACAGAAUGGCUUUGGGUCUGGAACAGAUGGCCUACGACAACGGAUCUAACGUCAAACCCUCGAAUCCAGCCUCCUGUUACGACUUCGAAUCGGAUCAAUCCAAAAACGAGUUGGUUCAUUCUUUGGCCGAAUUGUAUUCGUUGUUGUGCGAGGAGGACAUGUGGGCGGGUGUUUGGCAAAAACACGCCUACUACAAAGAAACCGGCAUUGCAGUCGCGUACGAACAACACGGGUUCUUCGAGCAGGCUCAGGCAGCGUACGAGGCGGCCAUGAACAAAUACAAGCAGGACACAAACGCCGGCCCGGUUCCAGCCCACACCCAACGCGAAGUUUUGCUCUGGAAUCAACAGUGGAUACGUUGUGCGAAAGAGUUGAACCAAUGGGAGAUAAUCGUGGAAUACGCUAAGAAUCCUCUGUUUUACGAUGCGUUGCUGUUAUUGGACAGUGCCUGGAGGACGACAAUGCCCAACUGGGAUUUGAUGAAGGAGGCGUUGUCCUGCGUCGAGUAUUCGUGUCCGAAAGAAUUGGGUUGGAAGGUUACGAUGUACGGCGGCUUCCUGUUGAUUUGUCAACCGGAUGAAACUAAACCAUUGAAAUUCGUCGAGCGUUACGUCGAGACGGCAAGCGCCCUGUGUUUGAACGAAUGGCGGCGUUUGCCCACAAUAGUGAGUCACAUACAUUUGCCGUACUUACAGGCGGCGCAGCAAAUCAUGGAGCUGCACGAGGCGUUCCAAAUUCACAAGGGACUGACGCAAAGACAUCAAACCUCCGUGCACGACAUGAAAGCCAUCGUGAAAACUUGGAGGAAUCGUCUCCCUGUCAUCGCCGACGAUUUAACCCACUGGAACGAUAUCUUCACGUGGAGACAGUUACAUUACCAGGUUGUGGUCAGUCAUUUCGAAAGCGUAACUGAAAGCAACACCGCCAAUUCCAUGCUGGGAGUCCACGCAUCUGCACAAUCUAUAAUUCAUUUCGGAAAGAUUGCGAGGAAACACAAGUUGAGCAGCGUGUGUCUGGAGACGUUGAACCGUAUUUACACCAUACCCAGCGUCCCGAUAGUCGACUGUUUCCAAAAGGUCCGACAACAGGUCAAGUGUUACUUGCAAAUGGCCUCGAUGAACAACAAGAACGAACUGCAAGAAGGAUUGGACGUUAUCAAUCACACCAAAGUGCAGUUCUUCCAAAAGGAAAUGACUGCCGAGUUUUACGCCUUGAAAGGAAUGAUGUAUCAUUUAAGUAACAAGUCGGACGAGGCAAACAAGGCGUUUUCCGCAGCGGUACAAAUGCACGACACUUCGACCAAAGCUUGGGCUUUGUACGGCGAUUAUUUAGAACAAGUCUUCACACGCGACCAAAAACAAAUCAACUUGGGAGUGAACGCCAUGACUUGUUUCUUGCACGCCUGUCGUCAACAAAACGAAUCGAAAGCCCGCAAAUAUCUUGCCAAAGUUCUGUGGCUUCUAAGCUACGACGACGAGAAAGGAAGCCUGAUGGAAGCGUUAGAUAAAUAUGCGGUCGGAGUACCUCCUAUAAUGUGGCUCCCGUGGACGCCGCAACUUUUAAACCUUCUAGUACAGUACGAAGGGGGCGUGAUCAUUAAUUUGUUGAUGCAAGUCGGCAGGAUGUUCCCACAGGCCGUCUACUUCCCGAUCAGAACGUUGUACUUGACUCUGAGGAGUGCCACACAAAGAAACAAGGCCAAUCCAACUGGAACUCAGCAGGCACAAGAGGGAGGACAAACGGACGGUCAGCAACAACAGUCGGCGGGUGCGGAGAACGGACAGACUGCCCAAGCCACUCCCUCCGUCUCCUCGGCCUCCGACACUAUUAAAGCUACGCCCGGCAUGGUCAGGUGCUCCAAAAUCAUGAAGAUGCAACGGGAUAUUCACACCACAGUUCUUUCUAGUCUGGAAGGCAUCGCCGUACAAAUGGAAUGGUUCAGGGAGUGUUGGUAUGAAGAAGUUUUAAGACAAUUGCGUCAAGGACUUACUAAAUGUUACGCCAUCGCUUUCGAGAAUCGUGAAAACGUGAAGGAUGCCAAAAUUACGCCUCACAUAUUAAACUUUGUCAAGAAACUUAUUACCACUUUUGGCAUUGGCGUUGAAAACAUACAUUCAUCGAGUAACAUAACGUUUAAUUCGGCCGCAUCGGAAAGUUUGGCCAGACGAGCCGAAGCCACCUACCAAGACCCAGUUUUCAAAGAAAUGAAACAGGAAUUUAGUAAAGAUUUCGACUUCUCCCAUUCCAACUCCUGCAGGCUGCACACGUUAAUUUUCAAACUGAAAAAGUGGAUUAAAAUCCUCGACAAACGUUCGAAAAUGCUUCUGCAAUCGUUCCUGAUUGAGGAAAAGUGUAGGUUCUUGUCGAAUUUCACUUUAAAGACUGCAGAAGUGGAAUUACCGGGAGAGUUUUUACUGCCGAAACACAAUCAUUACUUUGUCAGGAUUGCUAGGUUCAUGCCACGCGUUGAUGUUGUGCAAAAACACAACGCUUCAGCCAGAAGAUUGUAUAUUAGAGGGCACAACGGUAAAAUAUAUCCGUAUUUAGUUGUUAACGAUUCCGGACUGGCUGAUGCGAGACGUGAGGAACGAGUUUUACAGUUGCUACGGAUGUUAAAUCACUGCUUAGGAAAACAAAAGGAAACGUCACGAAGGUUUUUACAUUAUACAGUACCCAGAGUUGUGGCAGUUUCUCAGCAAAUUCGUCUCGUGGAAGAUAAUCCGGCCUCUAUUUCUCUCCUGGAUGUUUUCAAAAAAGGCUGCGCCAAACUAAACAUCGAACACGACGAUCCAAUUCACUAUUUUUACGAUAGACUGGCUAAUGUACAAAGCAGAGGUAUAAAAGCAAGCCAUCAAGUUUUCAGGGACAUUUUGAAGGGUGUGCAAACGACGAUGGUUCCCAGAACGGUCCUGAAACAGUGGGCCGUUCAAACUUUCCCUAAUGCCACCGAUUAUUGGCAAUUUAGAAAAAUGUUCACUUUGCAACUGGCUCUGGCGUGCUUCGCCGAGUACGUUUUACAUUUGACGAGACUGAAUCCGGACAUGAUGUAUUUGCAUCAGGAUUCCGGGAUGAUGAACAUUUCUUACUUUAAAUUCGACGUAGAUGAUGGAGAAUUAGACACGACCAGACCUGUACCGUUUAGACUCACCCCGAAUAUUAUAGAAUAUUUAUCUUCAAUAGGGAUAAACGGACCUUUGACGGCUUCGAUGAUCGCAACAGCCAGAUGUUUCGUCUAUCCCAACUUCAAAGUAACAGCCAUUUUAAAACCAAUUUUGAGGGACGAAAUGGUUUUGUCUCGAAUGAAAAAACCAGAGGACGCGACGCAAGUUGAUAAGUUGACUGAUAGCGAACAGAUAGUCAACAUGGUCAACAAGGCUGUGACUUCAAUAAGCAGUCGAUUGAAUAAUUUAGCUCUGUUUGACGGAGUUGAAAGCAAAGUGGGAACAUUAGUGGCGGCGGCGAGCAGUCAUGAUAACUUGUGUAGAAUGGAUCCAGCAUGGCAUCCAUGGUUGUAGAAUUUUUAUGGUUACAGUAUUAUGAUUUUUUAAAAGUUAAAUAUUUUUGUAAUUAAUUUUAAACAAAUAUAUUGUACAUAUUAAUUAAA